UUCUCCAACUCUAGCUUCUGCAUUGCAUUGUUGAUACUGUACCACCAUGCCGCCAUCAUCAACGAACUCAGCCUCUCUUCGGAGACAGACUCGUCUUCGCCGUGAGUACCUGUACAAAAAGUCAUUGGAGGGUCGUGACAGAGCCGUCUACGAGCAAAAACAGCAACUCCGCCAAGCCCUGGCAUCGGGAAAGUCUCUUCCCACGGAACUCAGAGCCUCCUAUGAUGCUUUGAAGAAAGAAGUCGACGCCGAAGACGUCAAAACCGACACGCAGCAUACUCGUGUGGAUGAUGAAUACGGCGAUGCAGGACUGAUCGAACCUCGUGUGUGUGUCACGACAUGCCGCGAUCCGUCGUCUCGCUUGAAGAAUUUUUCCAAGGAACUCAAAUUAUUGGUGCCAAAUUCGACUCGCAUCAACCGUGGAAACAAUACCGUGUCAGAUCUCAUGCAAGCGUGCCGCCAAGGGGAUUUUACAGAUGUUGUCAUUGUCCAAGAAACACGAGGAGAACCCGAUGGCCUGGUGGUCUGUCACUUGCCUCUGGGCCCCACGGCCUUUUUCUCGCUCAACAAUACCGUCAUGCGACACGAUUUGGAUCCACCUGCCGCACCCAUGUCGGAAGCAUACCCACAUUUGAUACUCAACAAUUUCAAUACCGAUCUGGGAAAGCGUGUUGGAAAUAUUCUAAAGUGCCUCUUUCCGGUGCCCCGCGGUGAUUCCAAAAGGGUCAUUACAUUUGCCAACCAAUCCGAUUUUAUCUCCUUUCGACAUCACAUGUACAGCAAGCCAGCUCAUGACAACGUGGCACUCCAUGAAGUGGGUCCCCGAUUCGAAAUGAAACUAUAUCAAAUACGAUUGGGGACAUUGGAGCAAACAGAUGCCGACAGUGAAUAUGUGCUCAGGCCCUAUCAGAAUACUGCUUCCAAGAGGAAUGUAUUGUGAGGAGAAGAGUAAAAAGCUGUAGACACAACUAACUUCAUGGUCUGCAUGAAUGUAUUGGAAUUGGAAUUGGAAUUGGUAGCCCCAUAGGAAUGACAACCAAGUACUGUGCUUUUUGUCUGGCUGUUGCCAAUAGAAUAGCUUUCACAGGUGU